GAUUCAAAAAAUCAAAUCACAACAAUUGGUUCGAUACUUUCGCAGCCGGUUGUCAGUCAUUGUAUGAUUAUUUUCAUGUUUUGGAGCAAAGAUUAGGAUUUCAAACACUCACGGACGGAUUUUCAAGUUCAUCUAUGACGAUACGAGUAGAUUAGAAUGAAAAACUUUGGGAAUAACUCGUCGAAACAAAAAAGAAACCACGAUCAAGCCAAAAUUGCAAGUAAACAAUCGCUCACAAACUGUCCACAGAAAUGAAGUCAAAUUCAAGGUAUUCUCACUCGCUUGAUCAGUUUUCCAAACCAUGUCAUCAAUCGCAAUUCUUAUUUACCUUAUUCUACACAUGUUUUCCGAUAUUGGAAGUCAGCAAGUUCCCGAGCAUCAUUACGUCUUGAAACGUCCAUUUGGUAAAAUUAACGCCACGACUGGCCAAUCUUUUGUGAACCUUUUACGGGGCGAUUUCUACAUAGAUACGACUUAUAUAUUGAAGGAGGUACUGAAGAGUCACAGGUACAAAACGCUCGCGAUAACAUUACCAUCGAAAUGGGGCAAAAGUUUGAAUUUAGAUAUGAUGAAGACUUUCUUAGAAAUCCAAGUGGACAAUCGCGGAAAACGAAUACUUCCACAGUACAGAUCAACUAGUUACAAAUUGUUCCACAACAAUCAACUAAGGGAAGAGAAUGGACAAAUCGUACGAUUAUACGAACCUUUGUAUAUUUCAUUCAGUAACACCUUGUUAAGAAAACACCAAGGUCGACACCCGGUGAUUUGUUUAGAUUUUGGUAACACGAAUGCGUCCAAUUACAGAGGUAUUCUUCAAGAAAUGGCUAACCGAAUCAAAAACGCAUACUCUCAACACGAAUACAUGAUUUCCGCGUUGAUAGAUGAAAUCAGAGGAAGCGGCUCAACUCCUUCAAAAAAUAAUACCGCCAAGAAGCUGAAAAGUUUCAUGCAAAUGAUGCACGGAAAACCAAACUACGAAGAUCUCAUUAACAGUAUAUGGCUAUUAUCUCGAAUCUUGUACGAUCAUUUUGGAAGCAAAGUUUUCAUACUGUUGGAUAAUUACGAAGGUGUACUUCUCAAUGCACUCACCAAUACCGCCAUUAGCGAGGCAGAAUCGCCUUUAAUUCUAGCCUUUUUCUCUUCCCUAAUGGUACGGUCGUUUCAGAGCAAUGAUUAUAUGGAGAAAGGAAUUUUAACAGGUAGCUUCAAGAUGCUAAAUUUGAUUCCGCAUCUGAACAAUGUAACCGAAUAUAAAACUACUCAGCAUGUCAUGAUGAGAUUAUACAGUAUCGAAGAAGAAGUCUUGAUGUCGAUUUUUCAUCGUCUCGGUUUACCUCAAAUUCGUCGCAGCAAAGUUACAAACUGGUACGGUGGAUAUCAUUGGGGUAGCAACCUAUGUUAUUCUGUUUACAGUCCUCAAACUGUAAUGAAUUUUUUAUCAACUGGCAAAGUUGGUUAUUUAAAGGAACGUCACGUGGAAUUUGAUCCAGUGCUAGAGAAUAUGUUUUACCAUCGAACAGUUAGGACGUACAUUUUAUGGCUUUUAUACAGUAAACCUAUUCUCGUAAGCCAGAAAGAAAUCAGACCGCAACAAUUUUUAACAGAUUUCAUUAAAUUUAAAGAAGCUCUGCGUAAUUCCAAGAACCCCUUCGAUGAUCUAUCCAUCGAGCCAUAUCUUUGCGCAGUUGGUAUUCUGGCUAUAGCGCGACUUCACGGUGGUUUCGGAACUCAGGUAAGGAUGCCGAAUCAUGCAGUACGAAUGGAAGUAGCUGAGAAGCUGAUACACUUUUACGAGAAGAAUUUCAACCUAUCUAUUUCUGCUUUGAACGAAGCCAUUGAAAACCUCGCUUUGUUUAUGCUGAUAGGGGAUAAUAAAUUAGAAGAUUUGAAGUAUUUUUUGCAGACCAUUACACGAAAUGAAGCUCUAAUGGCGGAAAUGGAGGAGAGCAAGUACAGAGAACAAGAAAUAUUCGAGUUAUUUCUGUGUUUCAUUUUCAACUACUUCACGUUUCGUAUAACUCUGUCGCACGAUUACCAAAUCGAGUCGAUUGAAAAGGUUCAACUAAAUAAGUGGAUCAUGUUCAACGAUUACAGCGUUACUUUCAUCCAAUUCAGAAUGAAUGAUUCUUCAGCCGAACACGUUUUAGAUAUUUGUAAAAAUCAUGCAACAACAAUGCCCAUGUUCACUCAGCUGCCCUUCGUUAAAUUUGUCGGGAUCAAUUUUCGGCCCAAUGGUGAGGUUGAUAUCUGUACAGAAUCUCUAAAUGGUCCAUUUGAAAUGGUUUCCAAUUACACGACGAAGCCACCACCGAUUUAUGCAGUAUGAGUUGAGUUUUUUUUUUUUUUUUUAAUAUCUUGCAACUGUACUCAUUUUUUGUAAUAAUUUUUUCAAAGUUUUUUUUAGAAAGAUGAAUCAAUAAAUUUUUUUGAAUUUUUUA